GCGCGAUUGUUUUGGUCGGUGUCGCGUUGGGCGAGUUAAUUUGUUAAUUUUUGGUUUAAACUCGUGACCGAUACAUCUUACGUUGUUACACAAGUUACGAGAAGAGGAGGAAGAAGAAGACGUGCUUGGCUUGUAUUUUAUCAGAACAUCUCCGGGAAGAACACCGGGUUAUAUGCGAUGGGCUCGAAAAAGCACAAGAAACACAAAUCAGAACGAAGAGAGCGCGAGGGUGGCAAAGAAAAAUCAUUCAGCCUCGACCGACCACCUAGCUUGAAGCUCAUACUAAAGGUGAGCGGAAACAGCUCGACACCGGAACACGGCAAUGACUCACCGGCCUAUGGUAUCCAGUCGGACGGUGGGAGCACUCUGUUCACCAGCACCAGUGGGGACUAUCCGGAGCGGCACAAGAAAUCUAAAAAGAAAAAGAAGAAAAAGGAUCGCGAAAAAAAGCACAAGCACCACCAUAAGGAGAAGCGCCACCGGCAUCGCGGAGAUGACUCGAGCCACGGCGAUGAAGAUGAGGAAGAAGAAGAAGACUUCAACAGCUUUGGAGACGAAAGUUCUCAGACGACGGCCGAUCCCGUCGCGUUACCGGUGCAUUACCCAGCGGCCAGUUCGGUUGCGGUGGCGGCCGUAGCAGCCGUUGCCAGUUCGUCGCUUGCGGCGCAACCCGUCACGAAGCCGCUGCUACCGGAAGCGUUGCUUUCACCAAAGCUCGAACCGGAUUUGGAAUCAGAAUCGGUGUCCGAAACAACGGCGGAACCCGACGGCUCGUUGUUAAGCGGUGGUCUUAUACCGAAGGAUGAGAUGACGACUGCACCGAGCUCGGUGACGACGGAUGAACCGCUGCAGAGCCCGGGGUCGAUGCAGUCUUCGUCACGGCCCGGAAGCAAGAUCGAUUUCCACGAUACAAGCUCGAGCCAGGCACCGAAAACGCCCAACUCCGACUGCAGUGGCCGAGAACCGCGCAGUUGCGUGUUGAAGCAGAAGCAGAGCCGCACGCCGCUUAACAAACUGCUCGAUCAUCUGCUGAAGGCGCUGGAAAAGCGUGACCCGCAUCAGUUCUUUGCGUGGCCCGUCACUGAUGAUAUCGCGCCUGGGUACUCCUCCAUUAUCCUUAAGCCGAUGGACUUUUCCACUAUACGGCAGAAGAUUGAGGAAAAUGAGUACGGAUCGGUGGCGGAGUUCAGCGACGACUUCCGGUUGAUGUGCGAGAAUGCGAUCAAGUACAACCACUCGGAAACGGUGUACCACAAGGCGGCGAAAAAGCUGCUGCACGUUGGCGCUCGGUUGCUGCAACCGGACAAUCUGAUGCGAUCGUUGCGCCCGUUGAUGACGUACAUGCGUGAGCUGACGGCGAAAGAGCUCGGAUUCGAACUGCCCGUCGGGUCGGGAGAUGGAGCGGAGAGCGAUUUCCACCAUCAACACCACACGGCUGAUUCAGCUGACGAAGCGAUGGCGGCCGCUGUUGACGAGGGCAUUAACGCUCAAAUCGAAGAAGAGGAAAAGCGCAAACAGAUCCGGUUGGACAAUAAUCCGCACACAAAGUUCGAGGCGUUUGUCGAUGAUCUGACGGCGGACGAGGUGCUGGCACAGGUACAAACCGCUUCCAUGAACGCGCGAACGAAGCUGUUGAAGCGAAAAUCGGCUCACAGACUGGGCUUCUUGAGGCAGCACCGAGACGGUACGACGUCGAUGAAGAUUCUGUUGGACGCGAAAUCCGAGGGUGGCGAAGGUGGACCCGAGCGAACGGUAACGUUGGGUGCGCACACGGGCAAGUUGCAGUACGGAACCGGCCAGCUGCAGGGCUUCCGGGAGGAUCGCCGUAACAGUGCGAAAAUCGUCAAACCCCUCAGCUACGGUGCGUUCAGCUCAUUCGCACCCGUUUUUGAUUCGCGGUUCGCCAACCUCAGCAAAGAGGAAACGGAGAUGGUGCUGAAUACGUACGGGUGCGAGACGGGUGGUGACUACGCCGAAAGCAUCCUACGGUUCGCCAUGGACAGUCCGUUUGCGGCCGGUAUGGCGCACAAUCUGCUUGAUGUGCUGACAAAUGGUGAACAUCGCCAAACGUAUGGCAAGCUGUACGAAUCGCACAUGCAGCGAGAGGAACGGGACGCCGUCAAACAAACGUUUCUCGAUCCGGUCGCGAUCGCGGAGGAAGUCAAGCGUUACGCCAACGUGAAGGUCGAUUUCGACAGUCUACGAUCGCUGUCCAGCCUCGGCGUGGACAUGAUGUUCCUUGACGAUCUCGAGUGCCAGCUGAAGGGGGUUGAAAUCGGCCCGCAACUGCAGCAAUCGCUAAACACGAACUCGGAUCUGCUGCACAAAUUGCACCAGCUGCAAACGGAUCGCCUGUCGGCACCGUUGCCGGCGCAUCUGUCGCACAUUCAGCACCCGUCCGAUGGUGAACUGGAGCUCGCGGGGCAGAUUACGAGCAACCUGACGCAGAUAGCGAAACAAUUGCCUCCAUCAGCGAUCGCAUCACCUCACGGUCUAAGGAAAGCGAUGGGCAUUAGCACAGCUGGAUUGGAGGUUUUUCAAGCACCGCCUCCGACGAAUGUUAUGCCGAGCAGUAGUGCUCAGCCUUCUGUACCUGCACAACCGCCUCUAGCCGCACAGCAGCAACCAAACGGCACGGGUUCACUUCCUGUGCCAACGACAACAACAAGCAUUUCCGCCCCAAGCGCACCCGUGGUACCGGUGGCAGACAUCGACACCACACCGAUGGAUAUGGAUCUGGAACCGGAGCCCAUUUCUCAUCGGCACCACCAGCACCAUCCACAUCCGCACCAUCUCCAGCCUCAGCAACAACCUCAGCAGCAGCAGCAGCAGUCGAUUAUUCAACCAAACCCGGUCGCUUCGUCCGGAUCGUCGGUUGACAUCGAUAGCGAGCUGCGGGAGUUUCUCGGCGGUUCCAGUCUCAGCACGUCCGGUCCAACCACCGCCGACGGUACGCAGUCGUCCGAUGCGGCCUGCAUCGAGCAGAUGUUGAUGGAUUAAA